CUCAGCGAGCCCAUCUUUCGCGACAAGCUGGACAAGCUCAACACCUCGCAGCAGAGCAUCGAGCAGACGGCCGCAUGGUGCCUGUUCCACCGCGCAGACGCCCGCCGGGUUGCCGAGGUCUGGGAGGCCUACUUCAGCAAGGCCGACCAGCCCAAGCGGCUGGCGAUGGUGUACCUGGCCAACGAUAUCGUGCAGAACGGGCGCAAGCGCGGCACCGAGUUCCUGGCUGAGUUCUACAAGGUACUGCCGCGUGCGCUGCGCCACGUACUGGCCAAGGGGGACGACAAGACGCGGGCGGCGGUGAACAAGGUCAUCCGCGUGUGGGAUGAGCGCAAGGUG